AUGUCUAUUGUUUAUUCAUCUGACACUGACACCUGCAUCUCUCCCCCACCUCCAACUCACUAUAAGCUGAGUUGCCAUAGCAACAAUAGUGUUCACAGUGAUACUUCCACUGCAUUUACCGUACCAGACAAUUUCCAAGUAUCGAAGCCUGAAAAGACUCCAAAAUCAAACUCCUGGUUUAGUACAACAGCGUUUAGACCCAACAACAACAAAGCGAUUCGUAGAGUGGCCUCUGCUCCCAACGCAAAGGAAGAUAUUUAUAAAAUCCAACUUCAGCAAAAACAAGAUCAGACGGAGCGAAAAAAAGUAUGCAGAAGGACUUAUUCGACCGCUAGUAUAAAAAUAAAACAACUUCAAGUGGGACCAGCCAGCUUUGUCAAGGUGAGGAUGCUGGGAAAAGGAGAUGUUGGUAAAGUAUACAUGGUCAGACAAAAGGGGACAGAUAAACUAUUUGCAAUGAAAGUUUUAUCAAAGAAGGAAAUGAUUAAAAGAAACAAGAUUAAACGUGCUUUAGCAGAACAAGAGAUCUUGAUGACUUCCAACCAUCCCUUUAUUGUCACACUGUAUCACUGCUUCCAGAGUCAAGAUUACCUUUAUUUUGUCAUGGAAUAUUGUAUGGGCGGAGAAUUCUUUCGAGCAUUACAAUUAAGACCAGGAAAGUGUCUAAGCGAAGAAGGAGCCAAGUUUUAUGCAGCUGAAGUUACUGCAGCUUUAGAAUACCUCCACCUCCAAGGCCAUAUCUAUAGAGAUUUGAAACCUGAAAAUAUCUUACUACAUCAAAGUGGACAUAUUAUGUUGACUGAUUUUGACCUAAGUAAAGGAUCUACUCCUCCUGGUCGCCCUGGUGUCGUCUUAUCUAAAUCACCCAAUCAGCCACCUGUGAUCAACACUAAAAACUGUGUCAUGGGUCUACGUACAAAUAGCUUUGUUGGCACUGAAGAGUAUAUUGCACCUGAAGUCAUCAAAGGCUGUGGCCACUCUAGCGCUGUUGAUUGGUGGACAUUAGGUAUCUUGAUUUAUGAAAUGCUGAGAGAGAUGAUAUUGACUAUCUUACAGUAUGGUACAACCCCCUUCAAAGGGUCGGGUCGCAAUGACACCUUUUCUAGAGUCUUACAUAUGGAUGUUCAUUUCCCUCAUCAGCCUGCGCCCUACAGUGGAAGCAUAUCAAGCAAUGCAAAGAGUUUGAUUCGUAAACUUUUGUGCAAAGAUGAUAAUCAUCGGCUUGGAUCCCGCGCAGGCGCGGCAGAUGUUAAACAGCAUUCGUUUUUCAAAAACAUCAACUUUGCGCUAUUAAGAAACAUGACGCCACCUAUCAAGCCUGCAGUUCAAAAGCCAAACGGAAUAGACGCCAUUAACUUUAGAAAGAUGCAAGAAAGCAUUAGUCUUGAUUUAGAAGUAGAUGGGUUAAAAAUGAUCAGCACAGUAGAAAAAACCAAUCCUUUUGAAAAGUUUGAUUCACUAACACUCUACCAUGAUGGUGACUCUGAUACAGAAACAGAUUAA